AUGCAGUGGCGAGCGCUGCUCGUGGCCAUUCCUGCACUCUGGUUCACAGCGGUCACAGCCCUACCCAGCACACCAGACCUACACAUCCGAAAUCCAGAACCUAUACCAAACCCCGAACCAAAAUCCAGCACAAAAUGGACCGAUAAAACCCUCACCGACCCCCUCUGGCUAAAAUAUGGCUUAAACGCCUCAGCUGAAUAUAAAUAUUUCCACGAACCAGGCCGCGACGACAUCCUUGGCCACUACGAUAUCCGUUUCUUUACCAGCCCAGUAGAUGACGCCGCCCGCGCCGAAACCCUCACACACAUGAUCCGCGCAUACCUAAAUUUCUUCAACGAAAAUGAGCUGGAAACCUGGAUCGCGCACGGAACUCUACUGGGUUGGUGGUGGAAUGGCAAAAUUCUUCCCUGGGAUUGGGAUAUGGAUACACAAGUUCCUGAUACGACACUCGCAUACCUGGCGGAUCACUUUAAUCACACAAUCGUCGAAUACACGGCUCCGGACUCUCGAGAAAAGAGGCAGUAUCUUCUUGAUAUCAACCCGUGGGCGAGACAGCGCGAUCAUGGACAGGGUCAUAAUAUUAUCGAUGCGCGGUGGAUCGAUAUUGAUACCGGGCUUUAUAUUGAUAUCACUGGAUUGAGUCUUUUGGAGCCUACUACGGAGCCGGGGAUUUGGGGUUGUAAGAAUUUCCACAAAUACCGAAUUGAGGAUAUUUAUCCGUUGCGGCGCACUUCAUUUGAGGGUGUUCAGGCCAAGGUGCCGUAUGGUUAUGAUAUGGUUUUGUUGGAGGAGUAUUCGGAGCAGGCUUUGAUUAACACGAAGUUUCAUAAUCAUACUUGGUUCCCUGAGCUGCAGGAGUGGAUAUCCGAUGAGGUCUUGGCUAGAUUGAGCCUUAAACUUUCGACUGAUGAGAAGCAGUAUGAGUGA